GGGCAUUUAUAGUGUUCUUACAGCCACCAACGUAGAUCGAGCUAGAAGCAAUCGUGCGCAUAUUUGAUUUGAAUUCAAGUUUCGCCCAGAGAUUUCUCUCUGUGGCAAAUGAAAAAUCGGUCUCCCCCCAAAACAAAAUUCAAAGAAAUAGCGUUUCAAUUUCUCAGUUUAACUACAAAUUACCUAGCUUCGUUGUUUAUUUUGCCAUCUAACCUAAGCUUACAUUUGACUAUUUUAGGACUAUCCUCCAAACUUGAACAGAGAGCUCAUUAAAUAGCGAAACCUGUGACAUUCUCGAUUGCUAUGUCACGUUAUCACGUUGAUGCAAUGACGAGAUUUUCCGGUAAAAAGUCGAUGCUGUUUUUAGUGACUAUAUUUCUCGCGGUUCACGAUGGUUUCAGCACCUCUGAUAAUUUUUCCAUUCGUGGCCCUAGCAGUGUUAAUCAAUCCAAAAGGGAAGACGACAAAGACCUACGUAUUAUUGCUAGUGAAACCCACGAGAUUGACAAUCUGAUUGACAACAAUCACCAAAGUGAUCAUAAUCGAUCGAUUGAUACACAAAUUAUCGAGGAACUGAAAGUCAAUACCCGCGACUUUCUCGCUGAUGACAAAAUUAUCAGUAAGAAAGACGGGGCACUAUUUUUGACACCACUCAUCGAGGCUGGCCAAAUAGAAAAGGCCCAACAUCUUUCUGAGGUUUCUCUCGUUAGAGACAUCAAGAGCUACGCUGGAUAUUUAACUGUGAAUAGCACUAGCGGCGCUAAUCUAUUCUUCUGGCUUUUUAAAAGUCAACAAGGUAAGUUUGAAGAACGUCCGCUGAUCGUGUGGCUGCACGGAGGACUAGCCCAAACGGCAAUGUUCGGCCUAUUCAGAGACACGGGCCCUUUUUACAUCGGGCGCGACAAGAAACUGAAACGCAGAAAAUACGCCUGGACUCAAAAAUACAACAUGGUCUUCGUCGACAACCCGGUUGGCGCUGGAUUCAGCUUCACGAAAUCAGAAUCAGGGUACUCCACGAGUUUAAAGGCUGUGACUGAGGAUCUUUAUAAAUUCUUGGUUCAGCUACACAAAAUGUUCCCGUCUUUUAAGCAAAACAAACUCGUGCUCGUAGGAGAGUCUACCGGAACGGUGUACGCGGAGCUGCUGGCCCAAAAGAUCUUUGAGGAAAACAAGGUUUCCGAUCUCAAGUUGAAUUUAAGGAGGUUGAUUAUAGCGAGCAGACAUACGGACCGGGGGAUGCUCCGAAGGAGCAGUUCGUUCCUUUUCGAGUUGGGUCUGAUCGACGACUUCCAGAGGCAGGAAAUCGCUGGCUAUGAGGAAGAACUGCGAGCAAUUGAAUUGGUCGGAAAUGCAACCGAGUCGGGAAUCCACUGGGCCCAAACGGUAAAGCGCAUUAAAGAAUUUACCGGGCUGAGAGACACUCUAGAUUUCGUACACGAUGACAUCGGCGUGUACCAGAAGAAAGCAUCAUCCUGGUUCCUGAAUCAACCCGAGAUAAAGAAAGCUCUUCACGUAGGCGAACACGAGUUCACGGAAAAUUCCGCGGAGGCUGGCGAACAUUUGCACCGAACUCCAUGGGCAUCGACCAAACCAGCGGUCGAAUCCAUGCUCACGGAUGGAUCUCUACCGAUUUUGAGCGUAUACGGUCAGCUGGACCCAUUCAGGUCAAUCAGGGGCAGGAUGUUCGAUGCCUACGAGUGGCCUCGGUCCAAAGAAUACUUCAAGGCGAAGAGGUGUCAGUUUACGGUGGGGGAUGAAGUGGCUGGAUAUUACAAAACGACCGGACCUCUAACCGAAGUUCUGUUGCGGAAUUCGGGGCACCUGAUUGCUGCUGCUAAACCCCGGUGGGCUCUCGAAUUGAUCGAUAGGUUUAUUGGCGAUGAGAAGAGUUUUCAGUGCUCUUGACCAAGCGUGGCCUGAGCAAAAAUGGAGGUAUUCCUGCCAAAUGGAACUAUGUGCAUUAAGACAGGCCCUAAGACACACAAGAAUAUAUCGACGGUGUAAGUCGGCAAUCACAUAACUCGGAUUGUGACGUUGCAGACCUCCUCUCAUACUUUAUU